GGAUUCUACCGACCGUAAGCCAACUGCCCGGUUCCGGGUUACGGGUUCAAUGCUUCCGAACUUGGUUGGCCGCGAUGUAUGUGUAUUAGGAACUGUCUUACGUGUCGCCCCUUCAGGUCAACGAAUCCAUAUACGCUGUGUAGAUGGAAAAGAAAUCGAUUGUAAUCUUAUUUCUCCGCUUCAGACUUCACCAGAGAAUCGAAUUGUUGAAGUUCAGGGCCGCGUAAGUAAUGUACAAGGCAAUGAAAUCAAUGCUACAGCAGAACCGGUCGUUUUUUCACAAGAAGCCAGCUCAAAGUUUGAUUGUGAAUUAUAUUCACAAGCUGUUCAAAUGACUGCUCAAUUCGAUCAGUUCUACAUUCAACCAAUGGAAACGUAAUUCCUUUUUUUGGAUUACAACAUGAACGAAUUAAGAUGUUUUGUGUUAUUUUCUUAAUGUAAAAAUAAAAAUAAAUGCAUUUUAUAGUCUUCUCAUUUCUAUCUGCCUGAUGCUUGUGAUUGAAGUAACUGAAGAAAUAUAUCAUAGUUCACGUGACCUCUUU